AUAAGCACUUGAUGAUUAGAAAGAAUUAUAGACAGAUCAACACUAAUCAUACAGACAGAGACAACCCCCAACCCAAGGGUUUGAUCAAGUUAGUAUAAGAAAACAAAUAUUUCUUUCCUCGUCUAUGACGUCGCCUUUUCGAAUUUCACGAAGUUCAAGCGUUCCAAAUCUCGUGACCACCGGAAAACUUGCUCGAUCGUCAACUUUAGAGUCCCGAAAUUAAUUAAAGUGCGCACAAACUGACCGGACAUCCUGUUAUAAAAACAAAUCACGGAGACAGACACACAUUCUUUCCUUUUAUAUUCUAAUCACAACCUUAAUACUAUAAUACUCCUAAACAUAGCUCUUUAACUUUCUAAUCAGAAAAACAAAACCCCCCUCAACAUCGAGUUAAUUCCAAUCAUGUCCCUCGACCCAGACUCCUCGCCGCCGGCGACGAGCAGAGACUGGCUCUUCCAGUCGCCACCGCUUACUCACUCCGCUCACCAUCACCGCCAUUCCUCCACCAGAAGCUUUUCCACAAACAACCUCCGUAGGACUCGAAGGACCUUCGUUUCCGACCCCAAACCGUCGUCGUUUCAGACCUCACCAUCCCUAUCGGUUUCGGCUCCGAUGCGGGACUCUAGGUCGUUUGGAGGAUUACGGCGUCGUAUCGAAUUCGACCGCGGGAGGUCGAGCGGGAGGUAUGGAGGGGAGAGGGAUUCGGGACGAGAGGUGGAGGUGUCCAGCGACUCUGGUGGGAAUACGGAGGAAUACGGUGGCGUUUUGGGGGAGAAAGUGGCUUAUGGGAAGAAAUUUGACGGGUUUGGCGGUGGCCGGCUGAAGGUUCGGUGGCAGUUGGGUUGUUUAAUCGCCAUUUUUUUCACGUUGUCUUCUCUGCUACAUAAGAAUUUUUCUCUACACAAUCAGGUCAUUGAUCUACAGGAUCACAUUUCCAAGCUCAACGUGAGAUUACGGGCAUGCAAUUUGUCAGAUCCUGUGGAUAUUAUCAAUUCCAUACCACACGAUAGUGUUUAUCUACCCAACAAAAGCUUGAAAAUUUCCGCUCUCAUUGUGUCGCUUACAAUUCUGUCCCUCCCUUUUCUUUUCUUCAAAUACUUUCACCAUGUCUUAAAAUCAAGAAGAUCGCCCAACAACACUGCAGAAGAAGUGUCGUUAAACAAGCAAAUAGCGUAUAGGGUAGACGUGUUUUUAUCAGUCCAUCCAUAUGCUAAGCCUAUGUCAUUAUUAGUUGCAACCCUACUACUAAUUUGCCUUGGAGGCCUAGCACUCUUUGGUGUGACAGAAGAUAGCUUAACGGACUGCCUUUGGUUAUCUUGGACGUAUGUAGCAGACUCGGGCAAUCAUACUAAUUCCGAAGGCAUUGGUCCAAGGCUAGUUUCAGUAUCCAUUAGCUUUGGUGGGAUGCUUAUAUUUGCAAUGAUGCUUGGACUCGUUUCUGAUGCGAUUUCGGAGAAGUUGGACUCCUUGAGGAAAGGAAGAAGUGAGGUUGUUGAACAGAAUCACACUUUAAUUCUCUGGUGGAGUGACAAAUUGGGAUCGCUAUUAAAUCAACUUUCCAUAGCCAAUGAAAAUUGGGGUGGAGGCAUCGUUGUGGUGAUGGCUGAGAGAGACAAAGAAGAGAUGGAACUUGACAUUGCUAAAAUGGAGUUUGAUUUCAGAGGAACAUCUGUCAUAUGCAGAAGUGGAAGCCCUCUGAUUUUAGCUGACCUAAAAAAGGUGUCUGUCUCGAAAGCCCGUGCUAUAAUUGUCCUUGCUGAUGAUGGAAAUGCUGACCAGAGUGAUGCUCGUGCACUGAGGACUGUCUUAAGCUUGACUGGGGUGAAAGAAGGACUGCGGGGACACAUUGUGGUGGAACUAAGUGAUCUCGACAAUGAGGUCCUUGUUAAACUUGUUGGUGGAGAUCUUGUUGAAACGGUCGUAGCACAUGAUGUCAUCGGUCGCCUGAUGAUUCAAUGUGCUCGGCAGCCAGGCCUUGCGCAGAUCUGGGCAGAUAUCCUUGGUUUUGAAAAUUGUGAGUUCUACAUCAAAAGAUGGCCACAGUUGGAUGGCAUGCAAUUCGAGGAUGUAUUGAUCAGCUUCCCUGAUGCUAUUCCUUGCGGAGUCAAGGUUGCAUCAUAUGGUGGAAAAAUUAUUCUCAAUCCUGAUGAGUCCUAUGUUCUACAAGAAGGCGAUGAAAUUCUUGUCAUCGCAGAAGAUGAUGAUACCUAUUCCCCUUCAACAUUCCCCACGGUCAAAGAAGCACCAUUCAUAGAUAUUACCCGACCAGCAAGAAAGCCACAGAAGAUUCUACUUUGUGGAUGGAGACGGGACAUUGAUGAUAUGAUUGCAGUAUUGGAUGCAUUUUUAGCACCUGGUUCUGAGUUGUGGAUGUUCAAUGAAGUUCUUGAAAAUGAGAGGGAAAAGAAGCUUAUUGAUGGUGGCCUUGACAUCACCCGGUUGGUGAAUAUAUCAAUUGUUAACCGUGAAGGAAAUGCUGUUAUCAGGCGACAUCUUGAAAGCCUUCCCUUAGAAUCUUUUGAUUCAAUAUUAAUUUUGGCUGAUGAAUCAGUGGAAGAUUCGGCCAUGCAAGCUGAUUCUAGAUCCCUUGCAACAUUGCUACUGAUUCGAGAUAUUCAGGCUAAGCGUCUCCCGUUCAGAGAAGCCAGGGUUUCCCAAGGACACAGAGGGAGCUCUUCACCAGGCUCUUGGAUAGGGGAUAUGCAGCAGGCUUCCUACAAGUCGGUUAUUAUAAGUGAAAUUCUAGACCCAAGGACUAAAAAUUUGUUAUCCAUGUCAAAGAUCAGCGAUUAUGUUCUAUCAAAUGAAUUGGUCAGCAUGGCAUUGGCAAUGGUUGCUGAAGACCGCCAAAUUAAUGAUGUACUGGAAGAGCUUUUUGCUGAAGAGGGCAACGAGAUGCAUAUAAGGCAAGCGGAUCUCUAUAUCCGGGAGGGCGAGGAACUCAGUUUUUACGAAGUGCUCUUACGUGCGCGACAACGGAGAGAGAUUGUGAUAGGGUACCGACUAGCCAAUGCAGAGAAAGCCGUUAUCAAUCCCCCAGCCAAAAAUGAGCAACGAAGGUGGUCAGUGAAGGACGUUUUUGUAGUUAUUGCUGAGAAGGAAUAAUAACAGCUUUUCAAUGUUCUCAUCCGGUCACACUAGUACUGGAGGAUGGAGUAUUAAAAUGUGGGUGGGGGAUUUCACUACAUUCUUGGAAAUCCUUUCCGGCUUGUGCACAAAUUUUACUCACGAGAAAACAAAAAAAGACGGGAUUACAUGCGUA